AUGGAGAAAUGGACAAAAGUUUCUUGGGAAGAAGCUGAUGAAAUUACAGACGUAGUGAGGGCCGCUCACUGCGCGUUUUGGUGCGAACCAGAAACAAAAACGCUCAGGGACACUCCUAUCAAGGCUCUGUUGAUGAUGCAACUCCGCUUCGACGGCCUCUUGGGAUUUCCAGGAGGACUGAUCGACGCUGGCGAAAACAUCCUUGAAGGCCUGAACCGAGAACUCCGGGAGGAAAUGGCUCUGGACAACGCAAGAUUCCCAGUUGGAAAAGAGCACUGGGUGUCCGCCCAUCUUCGCCAAACUCAACAACCCGAUGGUUCCUUCAAAAAGACGCAAGUGUGCCAUUUCUUCUCGAAAAAAUUGAGCAAGGAGGACUUUUAUGAAAUCGAGAAAAAGCAAUUGGAAGCUGACCACUGGGGUUAUGAAAACUUUGGUCUGAUUAGAGCACCUGUUCUUGAAUUUACGGCGGGAAGCGUUGCUGAAAAAUAUCCUGGCCGGGGAUUUGCGUGGUUCCUAACCCACAGCUUCAUCUCUUGCGCCCGAGAGCAGAUGACCGAAAUGAUCAUUUCCGAAGGGAUCCUGACCAAAGACGAGAUCAACCGAUACUUCGAAAUGUCUCGCAAUCCCGAGCUCCACGAAAAGCUGAUCAACAGCUCUUCCACCACUGAAAAUUAG